AUGCCAGGAGAAGUGAUCGACCGUCCUAAUCCCGGGCCCUUGCCCUCCCAUCUCCCAGACGAGGUGGCACAGCUCGCCAUCAACUUGGCCUCCAAAAAGUUGGACCAGGAAACCUCGAAUGCGUUACUCAAGUUUCGCAGGGCCGCAUCUUACAUUGCAGCUGCCAUGAUCUUCCUUCAGGACAACACUCUGCUGGAAAGAGAUUUGACUUUCGAAGACAUCAAGCCCCGACUACUGGGGCACUGGGGAACAUGUCCGGGUCUGAUUCUGGUCUACUCACAUCUCAACUACAUCAUUCGGACCCGAGACCUGAACAUGCUGUAUGUGGUGGGACCAGGUCACGGUGCACCGGCCAUUCUUGCAUCGCUCUGGUUGGAAGACUCGCUGGCGAGGUUCUACCCGGAAUACUCUCGCGACAGCAAGGGUUUGCACCGUCUGAUUUCGACCUUCAGCACGUCCUCGGGAUUCCCCAGUCACAUAAAUGCCGAGACUCCUGGCGCCAUUCACGAGGGUGGAGAGCUAGGUUAUGCCCUUUCAGUUUCGUUUGGCGCAGUCAUGGACAACCCAGAUCUCAUUGUGCCAUGCAUCGUCGGAGAUGGAGAGGCUGAGACUGGUCCUACAGCAACUUCGUGGCACGCAAUCAAAUACAUCGACCCCAAGGAAUCUGGCGCAGUCUUGCCCAUCCUUCACGUGAACGGCUUUAAAAUCAGUGAGCGCACCAUCUUUGGUUGCAUGGAUAACAAGGAGCUCGUGAGCCUCUUCAGCGGCUACGGAUACCAAGUCCGUAUUGUGGAAGACCUGGAGAACAUCGAUAGUGAUCUUCACUUCUCGAUGGCGUGGGCGGUCGACGAAAUCCAAAAGAUCCAGCAGGCUGCUCGUUCGGGCAAUCCGAUUGUCAAGCCGCGAUGGCCGAUGUUGAUUCUCCGCACACCAAAGGGAUGGUCUGGUCCAAAGAAGCUGGAUGGCGAAUUCAUCGAAGGUUCAUACCGUUCUCAUCAAGUGCCAUUGGCCAAGGCCAAGUCCGACAAGGAGCAACUGGGCAUGCUGCAGAAGUGGCUCACCGACUACGACCCGCGAGAGCUUUUCACAGAGAGUGGAGAUAUCAUCGACGAUAUCAAGUCCGUGAUCCCUGAAAAGGAUCAUAUGAAGCUUGGUCAGCGCAUUGAGGCGUUUGACAAUUAUCAAGCCCCAAACCUGCCCGACUGGAAGAAGUUUUGCGUAACCAAGGGUACCCAAGAGAGUGCCAUGAAGGUUAUUGGAAAGCUUUUGGAUGACGUUUUUGUUCAGAACCCACAUAGCGUGCGUCUGUUCAGCCCUGAUGAGCUGGAGAGCAACAAGCUGGAUGCGGUCUUUGAGCACACCAAUCGCAAUUUUCAGUGGGACGAGUUCGCCAAUGCCCGCGGGGGUCGAGUGAUUGAGGUGCUGAGCGAGCACAUGUGCCAGGGCUUCAUGCAAGGAUACUCGUUGACGGGGCGAGUGGGCAUCUUCCCGUCUUAUGAAAGUUUCCUGGGCAUCAUUCACACAAUGAUGGUGCAGUACGCCAAGUUUAUCAAAAUGGCUCGCGAAACCAAAUGGCACCGCGCAGUCAGCAGUCUUAACUACAUUGAGACCAGCACCUGGGCCCGGCAGGAACACAAUGGGUUCUCGCACCAGAACCCAUCGUUCAUUGGAGCGGUGCUGAAGCUCAAGCCCGAUGCGGCACGUGUCUAUCUGCCACCUGACGCCAACACUUUCCUGACCACCGUGCACCACUGCCUCAAGUCCAAGAACUACGUCAACCUGAUGGUCGGCUCAAAGCAGCCCACUCCAGUCUAUCUUACCGCCGAGGAAGCAGAGAACCACUGUCGAGCCGGCGCGUCGGUAUGGAAGUUCUGCAGCACUGAUGAUGGACUCGACCCAGACGUGGUCCUAGUCGGCAUUGGCGUCGAAGUGAUGUUUGAGGUGAUUCAGGCGGCGGCUAUCUUGCGUGAGCGGGCGCCGUCAUUGCGUGUACGAGUCGUCAACGUGACAGACCUGCUCAUUCUCGAGAAUUCGGGCUCGCAUCCUCAUGCGUUGUCCAAGGCUGCAUUUGACAACCUAUUCACCUCAGAUCGACCCGUCCACUUCAAUUACCACGGAUACCCGGUGGAUCUGCAGGGGUUGCUCUUUGGCCGUCCAAAUCUCGACCGGAUUUCCAUUGCUGGCUACAUGGAGGAAGGCAGUACCACGACACCGUUUGACAUGAUGCUGGUGAACCACACAUCACGCUAUCACGUUGCACAGGCGGCAGUUGAAGGAGGCGCAAAGCGCAAUGAGAGGGUCCGCAUCCAUCAACAGGAACUUUCGUCUGAGCUGAGCCACAACAUUUUGGAAACGAGGAAGUAUAUUAUGGCGAAUCAUCAAGAUCCCAAGGGCACAUAUGACAUGCCUGAGUUCAAGUAG